UCCGGGGGACGCGCAGGGGCGGGCCCCACGUCGGAGCCCGGCGCCCAGAGGCCUGCCCUCCGCGCUCCGGAGCGGGUCGGCGAGGGAUGGAGGCGGGCGCCGCGGACGCGCUGCUCUCCGGGGUGUGCGUGGUCUUCACCCUCGGCAUGUUCUCCACGGGCCUCUCGGACCUCAGGCACAUGUGGAUGACCCGGAGAGUGGACAGUGUCCAGUUCCUGCCCUUUCUCACUACGGAUGUCAACAACCUGAGCUGGCUGGGCUACGGGACCCUGAAGGGAGAUGGCACCCUGAUCGUGGUCAACGCCGUGGGCGCUGUGCUGCAGACCCUGUAUAUCUUGGUGUACCUGCACUACUGCCCUCGGAAGGGUGCUGAGCUCCUGCAGACAGCAGCCCUGCUGGGGGUCCUGCUCUUGGGUUUUGGUUACUUUUGGCUCCUGGUGCCCAACAUCGAGGCCAGGCUUCAGCAGCUGGGCCUCUUCUGCAGCGUCUUCACCAUCAGCAUGUACCUCUCACCACUGACCGACUUGGCCAGAGUUAUUCAGACCAAAUCAACCCAACGUCUCUCUUUCUCACUGACCAUUGCCACCCUCCUCACCUCUGCCUCCUGGACCCUCUAUGGGUUUCGACUCAGCGAUCCCUACAUCAUGCCCCUGCGAUUUCAGGUGCCCAACGUCCCAGGAAUCCUCACUAGCGGCAUUCGCCUCUGGCUUUUCUGGAAGUACCCACAGGAGCAAGACAGGAACUACCAGCUCCUACAGACCUGAGGCAGCUCACCUGACCACAGGACACCUGUUGCCAAAGAGGUUCAAACCAACCUGUUUCAACCGUUCCUGCUGACCAGCUGCACGGUGCCAGGGGUUAUGGGAAAAGAGACAACUUUGAGAAUCUGGGGACCAAAGAAAGAGCUUGACUUAGAAGAGUGGGUGGGACCUGGGAGAUGAAGCACUUAUUUUUUAGAGAUUAUAUUUUUUAAUUUUGGGGUUGGGGUGAAAUCUUUAGAGUGUGCCUUAAAAUAAACUGUGCCCUUUCCCUGUCCCUCAAGG